AUGGGUUAUGGGCUCACCCGAAAAUUAAGUAAUAAUGAUUGUAUGAAUAACAAACGACAAAAAAAAUCCACAAUGGGUUCGCCCGUACGUUCCAAACAACCAUUACCUCCCGUUUAUGGUCGUCCUAUAGAUACAAAAACUUGGAAAGAAAUAGCAGGCGUUCAGAUAUGUUGUUCGCAAAAAUUGGAACCUUUAUUUGAGGUUGCGAGACGAUUGAAAGCAAUGACAGUUCCUUCCAAAAAGUAUUCUACCGAAAAUGAUUAUGAGACAAAGUGGUAUUAUUUGGACUUGGAUCUUUUUAUUGAUGUACAUGGUAUCUUAUUGAAAGAUUUGUGUCAACAACGGUAUGUUAUGAACAUAGGCUUGCUAGAUUCCGCUUUACAAAGACCAAAGUUCAUGUUUUUUUACAAUAAAGCAUCAUUGUUUAAAAUGGCUGCCGGCCUUGGGGAAAGUAUUAUUAAGAACCAUACAUUUUUAGAUGGGAAUAAGAGAGCCGGUCAUCUUGCUAUUUCUAUGUUUUUACUUCUUAAUGGUUAUGAUUUAUUUGCGGAUGAGGAUUCUGCUGAGCAUAUUAUAUUGAAUGUAGCUAUGGGUAAAAUUAAUAUUGAUAUGCUAGAAUCUUGGAUUGCUAGUAAUGUGAAAGCUUGCGAAUGA